CCCAUUUGAGCGAGACGCGCUGCCCUGCUGCAGAGAAGUGACAGACAGCCACACCGGGACGCUCUCUAGAUCCUCUCUUUCAGACCGACGCGACUCAUCCUCCUCAUAUCUUAGGCACUGUGGGGAAUUCAUCAAGAGGAUGCAACAUUUGAUUCCCUGAGAAUAUUAAUCGUUUGCAUCACGUAGUCUCCUUAAAUAAAGCCUCAAUCAUGUCCAAGGAUGAAGUUUGCAAAGUGACAUCUGCCAGCAAACACAAGGAGCGAAAGCCGAAAAAGCCUCACUACAUACCCCGACCAUGGGGCAAACCCUACAACUACAAGUGCUUCCAGUGUCCCUUCACUUGCAUGGAGAAGUCCCACCUGUACAACCAUAUGAAGUACAGCCUCUGCAAGAACUCCUUGUCUCUGCUUAUAGAGUCUGACUGGCCGUACAAGAAGGGCAACAUCCUGCACCCAGACCAGCUGCGACCCUUCCAACAGGCACAUGGCCUGCAUGCUGCUGGCACAGAUGAGCUGGAGCAGGUAAUGCACAUCGAGGAGAAGCAAGGGCAACGGAGGACUGCGGAGACGGAUGGCGAGGGCAUGGACAUCCAAGUAGCAGAAGAAGAUGAAGAAGGAGGACAAAAAGAGCAUGACAAGAUCACAGGGUUGACCAAAGAAAGUUCCAGCAACGUCAGAGGAGACGCUUCAGAGGCUGCCACUAAGAAAAGCAAACAGCCAGAGUCAGAGUUCCUGAUGGCUGACGUGCUGUCCCUCGAAGAUCAGCUCUUACGAGCACGUUCUGUAGAGGUUGAGGCCCAGUUGAGACAUUAUAAGCUACCAAUGGCUUGUCUGACAGGUCCUGGGCAUCUUUCAGAGCAGUGGCGCCUGCUGGCAUCCAAACACAUGAAGGCCAAAGCUGAAGGUGCUCAGCCUCGAGUGGGCGGUUCAAUCCCCUGUUACCCUCCACCGCCAAACCUGGUGGACUACCAGGACCCCACUGGACUCAACCUGUCAGUGUUCGGGGUGGGUUAUCCCAUCAGCCCAAGCUUAUUCUCUUACAUGAACUCAGUGAUGCCAUCAGCAGCUUCCAGCGUCACUGCUCAGACCCAUGCGCAGUUUGCCCAGCUUCCGUUCUUGGCAUCAGCUGCGCAGCUGAUGCACCCAGGCUCCAACACGCACACAGACAGAGCUCUUAUUCCCCCCCGCCUUUACUACCCUUUUCUGUGCGAGCACACAUUUGGACCAGCCUCCAGUCAGAGCGAGGCUGGCAAAGCUCUCAAGACCUCCACCAACAGUCCAGAAGCAAAUACCUUGUUGGGCUUCCAGCCUAAAGUCAAUUCGUUGAAAGCGCCUACUUUGCAGCCAGAACCCCUCGUAUCCCGUGGGGGCUGGGGGUCACCUCAGAGUGACGCCCUUGACCAGAAGUACAGGUUGGCAGAAAAGAUUCAGGCCAAAGAAGAUAAAGCCAUCUGUGGGCUAAAGAGGACAGGAGCUGCGCUGAGGAACCAUGAGGCACCUGCGGAAAAGAAACCAGCCACGGGUUUUACAUUGGACCUUCUAAAGAACUUACAGACUGUUUCAGCCGACAAAAUUAUUUUACCAAGCAGUUUACAGAAUGCUCAGCUUCAGACCCGGCCAGGUGAGCUGUGGUACAACCAUCCCCUCGCCAGUCCCACCAGUGAAACAGCCUCUCUGUCGGCCGGGAACAGUCAAGACUCCACCGCCACCAGAACAAUUGAGGAAGAAGCUUCUGAGUCAGUGGUCGCUCUCCUCAGUGAUCUCUCCAAGGCACUGCAAGAGUACCAGGAGGCCGAGCACAAGAUCUCCCACCUCGAAAAAGAGGACCUUCCUGCCCAGCGGCACCUCUGGGAGCACCUGAACAAAAUCCGUUGUGAGCUUUCUCACAUUCAUCAGGCGCUGGAGCGGACAGCAGUCCAGACCGACGGACCUCUUGAUCUGUCGGUUAAAAGGGACUCAACAGACUCUCUUGGUGAGCAGAGCGUGAGAGAAGACGGCAGCUUUAAAACCAGCACGACAGAGAUCGAGGAGGAGGAGGACGAGCUGGAAGAGAAAAACGACAAAGAGGAGGAGGAUAAGCGAGAACGAAAGAUGAUGAGGGCUUCGCUGGAGAGUCGUAAGCAGUCGUUGGACAUGCUGAUCAAGAUGAGCCAAGCAUCGGUCGUAAACACCGAGGUCCUGCCUCCAGCUGGUCUCCACCUGAGGUCAGCUGAGGCCUUGUGGCCGAGCAGAACCACUAAGUGUGAGGCAGACUCCAGCGUCCUGCUCUGUCCUGACGGCCGAUCAGUUGUGUUUGCUGACAUCCCCUCCUCUGUCAAACCUCAAAAGAGACCUCCUUCCAUACGACUGGACGCCCAGUGCCCUCCGAGCCCUCUAACGGCUCCCGACAGCUAAACUUCGGGCUGUUUCAUAACUAAUAACACAAGCUGAAUGCAGUUUUCUUGUUAGUGGCAUGCCUGUGAUUUGAACU